CGACUGUCUUGUCAACUCCUCGCAACUUCACUAACCAGCAGACAACACACCGCCGGACAAGAUGAAGUUCCUCAAGGUCGGCCGAGUCGCCAUCAUCACCCGCGGCAGAUACGCCGGAAAGAAGGUUGUCAUCAUCCAGCCCGUUGACAACGGCAACAAGCCUCACCCUUUCGGCCACGCCCUGGUUGCCGGCAUUGAGCGAUACCCCUCCAAGAUCACCCGCCGCAUGUCCAAGACCCGCCAGGAGAAGCGAAACAAGAUCAAGCCCUUCAUCAAGGUCAUCAACUACAACCACUUGAUGCCCACUCGCUACACUCUCGAGCUCGAGGGCCUCAAGGGUGCCGUCUCCAACGACACCUUCAAGGAGGUUUCCCAGCGCGAGGAUGCCAAGAAGACUGUCAAGAAGGUGCUCGAGGAGCGAUACACCAGCGGCAAGAACCGAUGGUUCUUCACCCCUCUCAAGUUUUAAAAAAGGAAUCGUUUCUCCAUCACGGUUAGGGAGUUGGCGGGAUGUAAAGAGCAUCGAUGGCAUUAAGGAACCCCGGUUUUUAUGGGCUCAAUAUGAAGUUUCUUAAAACAAGAUCAGAUCUCUACUUUGCCCCGUGAUUGUAGCGUCAAUAUACAACGCGGAUCGGACGGACGUGUUGUCCCGACCGAAGGAUACCACCGGUGGAGUUCAAUGAAUUGGUGUCAUAUGAGGUGUUGAAUAGACCUUGAGGACUCUUCUUGACGGUUGAAUGUCUACGAGGUACAUGAAUCCAUAAAAUGAAUCAAAUUACCGUCAAAGUGAUAUACAACUGCAAA